CAUGGUGCUGAUCACAAUGAUCAAACCAGCGAACGUCGAGGAAGCAACCGGCACGACUCCAGGUGCCAUCCACAUCGGCCGUCACGCAGUCGGGAGAGAAGCACCAGGAGUAGAAGAUCGCGCAGCCACUCGAAACGCCCCCGCUUCAAAGAGCAAGUCAGGUCAGAGCAGCCACCAUUAACUAUUAAUGAUUUAAGUGCAAUAAUGAAUUCUAUAGCUUCUUCCAAGCAACCCAGCUAUCAUACUAAUGUCGUGCCAAGCUUUGAUCCGUCAUUACCGAGCCAUCGCAUUGACCUAUGGUUAAAUAAAGUAAAUCAAUGCGCAUAUUUGUAUGGAUGGGAUGAUAAACAAGUAAUUCAUUUUGCUUUACAAAAGUUAGCCGGCAAUGCGAGGACUUGGUACGAUAGCCUACCGACAAUGGUGUUCACGUGGAAGGAGUGGCAAGAUAAAUUGCUGUCAGCUUUUCCAUGGGAGCAAAAUUACGGAAGGUUACUAGAUGACAUGACAAAACGUAAAUAUAGAAUAGGUGAAUCUGUAGAGAAUUAUUAUUAUGAGAAGAUGUCCUUACUUAACCAGUGCCAAAUCACUGGGAGACAUGCUGUUGAUUGCAUUGUAUACGGAUUAACAGAUAGGACUCUUCGUACUACAGCACAAUCUUUAAGAUGUAAAGAACCGGAAGAAUUGCUCGAGUUCUUAACUAGCAGUAAAGAGUUUUACACUUCUUAUAAACAAACGGACUCGCGAAAUAAAACCGAUAAUAACAAUUCAAACAAUAAAACAUCUCAAUUAUGCUUUAAUUGUCACGAAAGAGGCCAUGUUCAUUACAAUUGCAAAAAACCAAUAAUCAAAUGCACAAAAUGCAAUAAAAUCGGUCACAACGCUGAAAAUUGUCGAAGCCAACCGCGCAUUCAGGAAAAUACCAAAAGUACUAUGGCAAUAACUGGUAAAACUAAUAAUAACAAGUAUUAUAAAUCGGUGCUCAUUGAUGACAGGGAAUUCCAGGCAUUUGUCGACCUUGGGAGUGAGGUUACGAUAAUUCAAGCUAGUAAACUAGAACAUUUGAACAAAAACAUAAAUCAUAGCAACAUUAAGUCGAUAAAAUCAUUUGGUAAUAUGAUUAUACCAACGUUAGGGCAAAUAAAUAUUAAAAUUUCUAUUGAUGAUGUUGUGGGUCAAGUUGAUGCCGUUGUUGUGGAUGAUAGUUACUUAAAUGUACCCAUAUUAAUCGGACAAGACUUCACUGAUCAAAAUCAUGUUCUCAUCGUAAAGGAUAGUCAGGCCCUAAAGUUUCACAGCUUACAUACUGAACUGCCAACUUUUACGGAAUCGAAUGUAACGAAACGCGUCUCUCUUUGCUCUACCAAGGACAUCAACGUAUUAAAUCAAUGUUUGAUAGAAGUUGGUACUGAACCAUGUUACACCGGAGAUUUAAUUGUAGAAACUAACGUAAUUGGACAAGAUGGUUCAGAAGUAGUGAUUAAGGGCGGUAUUUAUUCAUUUGACGCGAAUGGAAGAGGGAAUGUUAUCGGAUUUAGAUGUGGUAGUGUAGCAAAUUUGCAAAACGGCACUACUGUUGCACGUGGUCAACCGUUUACGGAAAUACCGAGUUGUUAUCGAAUUGAAAGGGAACUAUGUUGUGAUACCUCAAAUUUACCCAUAGAGCAGAUUAAAAUAGGUAGCGACAUUGCUAUCGAAGACAAAGGACGGUUGGUAACUUUGCUUAACGAUUAUAGGACAUGUUUUGCAAUGAAUCUAAGAGAAUUGGGUUGUUCGAAAGAUACUAAAAUCAAAAUUGAAUUGAAUGACAAUAAACCUGUAGUUUAUAGACCGUAUCGGCUACCAAAUGUUGAAAGACAGGUGGUACGCGAUAUGGUAAAUGAAUUAUUAGAUACAAAAAUUAUACAGGAAUCUACCUCGGACUAUGCCAGCCCAGUUCUUUUGGUAAAGAAAAAAAAUGGUAAAUAUCGGUUGUGCUUCGAUUACCGAUCGUUAAAUAACAAAACCGUUAAGGAACGUUACCCGAUGCCGAUCAUCGACGAACAGAUUAGCAGGUUAGCGGGUCAAAAAUAUUUUAGUGCGCUUGACCUUGCAAGUGGCUACUAUCAAGUGCCAGUAGCUUUAGAGUCUCAACACUUAACUGCGUUUGUGACUCCGGACGGACAAUACGAAUUUAAGCGUAUGCCGUUCGGAUUAGCAAACGCCCCAGCGGUUUUUCAACGAUUAAUUAAUAAAGUGCUAGGGGCAGCUCGUUUCACUGACGCAUUGACGUAUAUGGAUGACGUGCUAAUUCCGUCAGCCACAGUUGACGAAGGAUUAGAUAAGCUGAGAAAAAUAUUAGAUAUUUUUUCAAAAGCCAAUCUAACACUCAAUUUAGAAAAAUGUCUAUUCUUAUCAGAAAAUUUGGACUACUUAGGCUACGAAAUUUCUGUUGCCGGAGUCCGCCCGGGAACAAAAAAGAUCGAAAGCGUACAACAAUUCCCUGAGCCACAAAACCAACAUCAAGUUCGUCAGUUCUACGGCUUAGUUAGCUAUUUCAGGAAAUUUAUCGCGUAUAGUUAG